UGGGAUUGGGCAAGAACAUGGCAUGAAUGCAAGUGCCUGUCGGUAGGCUGCAUGUUAUGAUGUGAGUCGGCGUAGUUUGCUUUCUUUCAUCACUUGCAAGUGGUGUGAUGUGUGCGGAGAUAUAAAACUUAAGCAUAAUACCAUUUCCUCACUUCCUCUUCUUUCUUUCGUCUAUCCACAGCAACUUCACAAUACGAAACUCGAGAUAUCCUACCGCUAGAAAUACAAUCACGAACCAAAAAGCUUCAAAAUCACCACCAAAAUGAACGGAUAUGAUAUGUUCAAUUUGCUUUUGCGCCUCGGCCAACUUGUAUUCAGUACCAUUGUCCUCGGUAUCACCGGUGCACAUCUGAGUCGUGCUCGAACUGAAUCAGGAUGGACUAGGAAGAGAUUCAUCUACACCGAAGUUACUGCUGCUCUAGGCCUAUUCUUCUCCUUAUUUUUCUUGUUACCACACACAUGGAAUUUUAUUCAUUGGCCUAUCGAUUUCUUAAUGUUCGCUAUGUUUAUGAUUGCUUUUGGGUUAUUGGUCGAUGUAUGUAUUCUUUCACUCUCCACGCUUCUCCCCCCUUUUCACAUCCCUUUCUCGUUCCUCGUAGGAAGUGGGAUAUAUAACUAACCUGCCAUGAAUAGUUCAUCGCGCCUUCCCACUGCGGAAGUGUAUUUCGUUGGUUUGGUAGAUUUGGUGAUUCCAGCUGCUCGAGGUGGAAAGCCGACGUGGCAUUUGCAUUUUUGGCUUCCCUUUUCUUCCUCGCUUCUUUUAUACUAGUAGGUCCCCCUCGUUCCUCAUCUUCCUCCGAAUCUGCUCCUAUUCCUUCCCUUUUCAAUCCCAUUCUUCUCACACGAUCACUCUCCUUUCCCUCAUUUCUCCGCUUCAAGCCAUUCUCCCACAUCUCCCCCAUAAACACCACAUCCUAACAUCCGAACCCCCAGGGAACAUUCAUGCACCACCGCUCCCGCCGCACCCACGCCACAGCCACCGACCCCCAUGUCCCCGUCGCCGAACAACCCACCAACGGUCAACCCACCACCGAACGCAAGAAAUGGUACCAAACGCGUGUUUAAUUCUUAAUAUCUCUCGCUCUUCUUUCCUUCCUUCCUUUCGUCCUUUUGUCCUCUCUAGCUCAGUCUAUACCCCUCGCUCCAUUACUAUUACAACCUUUCUUUCUGCGGAUGAAGCAUUUAUCUUUUUUUCUUUUUUUUGAGAGAGAGGAGGGGGGUUAAUAUACACUUAUCGAUCAAGCAAUUUACAUUUUCUAAGGAAUUUAUUUCAUUGGGGGGAUUUAAUUGGGAUACCUACCUGUCUUUCCCUUUCUUUCUUUUCUGUUCUUUUUUUCCUUCCUCUCCUUUUUAUUUAUUUAUUUAUUUAUUUGUAUGAUGGAUGAUGGAUGAGCAAGCGAGCAGUGAAGACUGGACUUUCACUUUGGGAUAUUCAUGUUGUAUCUAUCUCAUAUGAAAAGAUACGAGGAGAAACGGUACGGAACGAAACGAUACGAUAUGAUGUGUGUGUGUGUGUGAGGGGAAAGC